CAAAACUUGUCAGAAAAAACACAACCACUAGCCAAAAACUGUUGUCUCAUCUUUGAAAGCUCAGUAAGCCAGCCCGCUUCAGUUCCUUUUCAAAAUAUUACCAAAAUUUAACAAGAAUUCUGUUUCUUUUUGGAAAUUGUAGAGCAGAAUAUUUUGAAGAUUAAAUUCAACAGGCGUAGGUUUUUUAGGACAGGAUACUUAGUGCGAUACUGCUUGUCUUUAAAAAAUUAAAGAAUCGCUAGAACCAAAGAGAUGGAUGUCGAUGUUGGUACUUCUGAUAAAGAUGGGAACGGACCUGGAUUUCAUUCGUAUUUUACCCAGAAAAUUUCUGAGCUGCAGUUUAUAGUUAUGGAACGUCAAAAGGAUUUGCUGCGUUUGCAGGCCCAACGCAAUGAACUUAAUUCAAAGGUUCGGCUUUUAAGAGAAGAGUUGCAACUACUCCAGGAACAUGGUAGCUACAUUGGCGAGGUGGUGAAGCCCAUGGACAAAAACAAGGUGCUAGUAAAGGUCCAUCCGGAAGGAAAAUAUGUGGUGGAUGUGGACAAAUCCAUCAAUAUCAAGGAUGUGACGCCGAGCAGUCGAGUGGCUCUGAGAAAUGAAAGCUACACUCUUCACAAGAUCCUGCCCAAUAAGGUGGAUCCUUUGGUUUCCCUCAUGUUGGUGGAAAAGGUUCCAGAUUCCACUUACGAAAUGGUGGGUGGGCUGGACAAGCAGAUCCAGGAGAUCAAGGAGGUAAUAGAGCUGCCGGUCAAACACCCGGAGCUAUUUGAUGCCCUGGGCAUAGCUCAGCCGAAAGGCGUACUCCUUUACGGUCCACCUGGCACAGGGAAGACUCUGUUGGCCCGCGCCGUCGCCCAUCACACGGAAUGCACUUUCAUCCGGGUUUCCGGAUCGGAGUUGGUUCAGAAAUUCAUUGGCGAGGGAUCGCGUAUGGUGCGAGAGCUUUUCGUCAUGGCCAGAGAACAUGCUCCGUCAAUCAUUUUCAUGGACGAAAUCGACUCCAUUGGGUCUGCUCGAUUGGAAACGGGAACUGGAGACUCAGAGGUCCAGCGCACCAUGCUGGAGCUUCUCAACCAAUUGGAUGGCUUUGAGGCAACCAAAAACAUCAAAGUGAUCAUGGCCACCAAUAGGAUCGAUGUCUUGGAUCAGGCUCUGCUUCGACCCGGCCGCAUCGACCGCAAGAUUGAGUUCCCGCCGCCCAACGAGGAGGCCCGCUUGGAUAUCUUGAAGAUACACUCCCGCAAGAUGAAUCUGACGAGGGGCAUCAACCUGCGCAAAAUCGCCGAGCUUAUGCCAGGAGCUUCGGGAGCGGAGGUCAAAGGAGUUUGCACUGAGGCAGGGAUGUACGCUUUGAGGGAAAGACGAGUGCACGUCACCCAGGAGGACUUUGAGAUGGCCGUCUCCAAAGUGAUGAUGAAGGACUCCGAGAAAAACAUGUCGAUGAAGAAAUUCUGGAAGUAGCUAAGCUUACAAAAAUUCUUAAUAAAUAUGAAACUAAUGUAAUAAACAGUCAUAUA